UUGUAUUAGAAGUGGGUGAGAGGAGGGCUGGGAUUACAGAUUUCCGCUGAUAUAUCGAGUGUGGUCGGUAAUACCGGGACCGGUUUCCUCGAAUGCAAUGGGUUUGAUGCCGGAGAGUUACAUCGAUAUUAAACCGGAUCCAUCGUUGCUUGAUGCAAAUUUUGAUGGGUACAAGCUCUCACUUGAUCCUUUUCCUGUUUACAGUUGUCCCUUAGAAGUGCCAGUGCGGGAGUUGCAAACAAGCAAUAUUCAAUAUGGAUUUGAGCAUAUCAAACUGUAUAACGAUAUGAAUUAUCUAACAUACGAUCUCCAUGCAUCCGAUUCUGGAUGCAAACGAUUCAUCACUAUUUUGCAGAACUUUCACUUGUGCUCAAUUAGUUUUGAUGUUCAGACAAGAAAAUUCUCAGUUAGCAAAAACCAUACAGUUAUCGCUGUACCACUUGGUGAAAAAGAAAUAGAAGAUCGAUAUCCAGCCGCGGUAUCUUUUCCAGAUGCUGGUCAUGCUUUCGUAUCUAAUGGCUUCGGUCGUCUCACAAUGUACAUUACGGGUGACCGGCGCAAUGCAGCAGCUUGGGAGGAAUGUCUAAGUGUCGAGCCGCUUAUUGAUGAUGGUAAAAUAAGUUCAUUUAUAAUUAUUGAAAGCCGUUAUAUGGAGAACAAGUUUGACGUAUUGUUACGAUCUGUUGUACCUAGUAAAAGGUCUUCAAAUCAAGGGAAUUUUUUAAGCAAAGUAAUCUGGUUGACUGUUGCCAGCGAAAACGGAAGAAUGGCUGUAACUGAAAUUCGCAGCAUCAUUUGUACUGGUCAUACUGAAAUGGUAACAUUCGACCAAUUACCUGAAGGCUUAAUCGUUAUUAGCACUGGUGAUCUAAGUUUUUGUGGAAGUGGAAUAAGUACAUCAGAUGCUGCGAGUCAGGAAAUGAACAAAGAAUGCGGUGUUGAAAGUACAAAGCUAGCAAAGAAGAGAUACGCCUGGUCUCAAACAGGAGGAGAUGUGACAGCAGUGUUCACUUGUGAUGAGACAAUUUCAAAAAAAGAUGUUUCGUUAUCCCUGAGUGCUACAUCUGUUCAUUUGUCAGUGAAGGGUAUAAUACUUGUCGGUGGAAUCCUUGGUGGUUCAGUUGACCCAACAUCAUCAACUUAUACUAUCGAUAAUAAUAAAUUAGAGCUGUUUCUGGCUAAAAGUGAAGGAGGUUUAACUCAUUGGUCGGAAUUGGUGUUAAGUGACGAUCAAGGCGUUUAUGAAAUUGAUUCCGAAUCCUUGAGUAUUGCUUCAGGGAUGCUGGAGCGCUUCACGUCUGAAUCACAGACUGUAGGUAAUUGUGGAGUUGAUCGAAAUUUUAACACCGAACAAAUGGAAGAUUGUGACAUCAGUGUGGAUGACAUUUGUAAAAUUCGUUGGUUGAAUUGUGCUUCGCAAAAAUUAAAUCAUGAGAGCGAUAUAACCACACACAGUGUCUUGUUUUCUGUAUGUUUGGAUUUUGGACCACGUUUUCUUUGUAUCCGUAUGGAUGUUGAUGGCAUUUUGUGGAAAUUCACGGAAGAGAGCAAGAAAGUUCAACAUCACGCAACAUUCAAUGCAUUCGGAUAUGUUCAGGCAUCUAAAACACAGAGGAAAUUCAGCACUUGUCCAACGGAUUGUUCUUAUGCCGUUAUUAUUGAAGCAAAACGACACGCAUUUGUUUAUUGGCAGCCAACCGCAGUAACUUCAGAUUUGCGGAAUCGGAAAACAGGCCGUCGAGUUGCUGGAAUUGCUAAGCAGCAGCUGAUAUCUUUAUCUAAACCGUCGGAAUCCUGCGAUGCUAAUGCUGUCACAGAGAAUAUUGUUGGCGUUCAUGCUGAUAAUGAAUUUCUUUUUAUUUUAACCACCACCGAUAUUUUUGCUGUGCUUUUGAAAGAUCCUUCUGUGCUAUAAGUCUCUCAUUGUAUAAGCAGAAGCUGUUAAGUUUUGAUAAUUUAUCGGGAGUCUCUAUGGGAAUAAUUAAUUGUCGGAAGUCUAUAGGAAUAAUUAAUUACCUAUAGGAAUAAUUAACUACAUUAUUGCAAUAAUAACAGUAUUUGAUAUAGCC